AUGCUGCGACACAAAAGCACAUCCCGCGCGUCGUCUUACCUUGCCGAAGAUGCUGAAGAGGGUAUCACUGAACGUGUCGAAGAUCCCAGUGACUCUGAGGACACGCAGCCGCGCAAGAAAGUGAGAUGGGAUGGAAACGUUGACACUCCAGACGAAGAGGAGACGGAAGAAUCGUCAACCACUAAUGUGGUUGAGAAGAUCUGCCUGGCGGCCUCUUGUCAAUCUGGGCGUGUUGCAUGCGCAUACUAUGACCCAGUGAGACGCACGGUGUUCAUCUUCGAGGAUACGCCAGAAAAUCAGCACUUCGACUUGACUAAAACAUUCCUUGAGCAAACAUGCCCUGACGUUGUCCUUACGAGCUCAAAAGCAGACGACAACUUCAUGGAUGUAUGCCGAGAUCAUAUGGAUGGCUCGGGAGGCACCUUCCAAGUGCGCCCUCAAAAGGACUUCCUCCCGCUCAAGGGCCGCGACCGCCUGCUCUCUCUUCGUCUUCUCUCGGAACUACCCAUCAUGCAAGGUAGCGAGAGCGACAACCUGUCCGAACUCGGCUCAGCGUCGGAGCCGCGGAACGCGUACGACUUUAUGCGUCGACGCAGGGAGAUUGGAGGAGAUCCGACCCUGCAGAAAUGGAAUGCUUCUGUUCGGCUGGCGAACUUCGCCUCGGUGGAGAGCUCUCCGUUGUGUCUCGGGUCCAUCGGGGCCCUAUUGGACUACCUCGCUCGUACACGCGCUGUUGCUGAGCUCGACGACGAAGGGGUUGGCGGGCUGGAAGUGCUCAACAUCGAACUUUUGCCCCUCCUCGACGUCAUGCAGAUCAACGCGGACGCCCUCUUUUCCCUGCAGAUAUUCGAGGACGAAAACCACGCCUCCAUCCACUCGGACAAGACCAAGGAGGGGCUGUCGCUUUUCGGCAUACUCAACAACACGAAGACUACGCUCGGCCGGGCCCUCAUGCGCGAGUGGUUCCUUCGUCCUUCUAUGUCCUUAGCUAUCAUCAACGCUCGUCAUGAUGCCGUGGAGUGCUUCACACGCGCUGAUAAUAUCAUCACGGCAACGGCCAUGCAUGGGCAUAUACAAGGCACGAAAAACGUACCAAGGAUCAUCACCACUAUGCGAUCAGGCAAAGCAAAGGUGUCGGAUUGGCAAAGCAUUGUCAAGUUCGCCUUUCAUGCGCUGUUGCUACGAGACUCGUGUGCGGAACUCAACUACGCUGGUGGCGUCGAUAUAGUCCGCAAGUUGCUUGAAGUGCUAGAUGUGGCCAGUUUUAGGGAGCUUGGGAAUACUGUGAAUGAGACGAUUGACUGGGAAGAGAGCACGAAUGCCGCGCGCGUUUGCGUUCGACCCCAUAUCGACGAGGAGCUUGACAACCUCAAGCAUAUAUACCACGGGAUCGACGCAGUACUUUCCAAAGUUGCGACACAAAUUUCCGCAACGGUUCCUCUGGAUUACGCUUCGUCGCUGAACGUGGUGUACUUUCCGCAGCUCGGGUUCCUGGUCUGCGUGCCUAUGCAGGACGAAUGGCGGGGCGAUGCGGGGAUCACAGUACUUGACGGAUGGAGCUUUCAGUCGCAAGAAAUGCAAGACAUGGAUAUGCACAUCGGUGACCUGCAUCCAGCCAUCGUAGAUCGUGAGAUAGAGAUCGUGCAAGCCUUACAGGAGAAGGUUUUGGCGUACACUUCACAUAUCGCUCGUGCCUGCGAUAUUUGCGCAGAGCUUGACUGCCUCCUGUCCUUUGCCGCGGCAUCGCGCGACCAAGACUAUCGUAGGCCACAAAUGACAGACCAAAACGUGAUAGACAUCAAACAAGGCCGACAUCCCCUUCAAGAGCUCGUAGUUGAUACAUUUGUGCCGAAUGACGCAUUUCUCUUAGGCGGCUCAGGCAUAGGCGUCGAGACCGAAGUCCACGUUGAAGAAAACAAUAGUGAAGAACUACACGAAGACAGGCACUGUUUGAAGAACAGCAUCAUAGUAUGCACUGGCGCGAAUGCCUGUGGCAAGAUUGCACUGAUACAAUACAUGGCCCAGGUGACUAGCUUUAUUCCCGCGGAGUCCGCGACUUUGGGUGUCGUCGAUAAAAUCUUCACGCGGAUCCAGACACGCGAGUCUGUCUCCAAAGUCCAGUCUGCCUUCAUGAUCGACUUGAACCAGGUCUCGCUUUCUCUGCGCAACUGCACAGCACGCUCCCUGAUCAUACUCGACGAGUUUGGCAAGGGUACUCUUCCUGCAGACGGCUCUGGGCUUUUCUGUGGGGUCUUGAAAUAUCUACUGGAAAGCGGCACCUCCUGUCCGAAGGUCAUCGCUACGACGCACUUUCACGAGAUCUUUCAUAACGACCUUCUGAACCCGCACAAGCUGCCUAUCACCUUCCUACACAUGCAGGUCCUGCUCGCGUCCUCGGGUACCAACGCUGGUGUACUCGGGGAACAUACACUGGAGGGCAGCGAUGACGAGGAUGCGACGCGACUUGCCCCCAGCGACAAGAUCACCUACCUAUACAAAGUAGCGAAUGGGUACUCGCUCCAUUCUCAUGCCAUCACUUGCGCGGAGAUCUUCGGCGUACCUCGGCGAGUGAUUGCCCGAGCCAGAUACGCAAGCGAACUCCUCGCGAAACACGAGCUUUGCCAGCUUCUGGACGAGGCCAUGUCGGACACCGAACGCCAUGAGCUCGAGGAGGCGGAGGAAGUUUGUCGCAAGUUCCUGGCGUGGGAUCUCUCGAGGGAGCGAGACGGCGAGUGCAAAACGUCUUUGAGAGACGAGUUGGUGGAGGUUCUUGGACGAUGUGAUUGA